CGUGAGCUACCGGUGCUGACGUCGUCAUCCUUGACACCAGAAAUCUCAUCGAUGUCCAAUCGAUUGCAUCCCCUAAACCCGAAAUGUCCUUUCAGCGGUCCAAAGAAUGGCCACGAAACGUGUCCUUCGGGGCGGUCACACACCAGAAGAUGAACCCAGCAUCAUAUCGUCACUCCUCCAGAUACAAAAAUGCAGAAUCCCACAGCAAAAGAUGAUAUGGAUCGUCGAAAAUCUCGAAUGUCUCGGCAGACGACAAUCCAAGAAGAGAAAACACACCGAAGAUGAGGAAGAAAAGCCCGAGACGCCUUAUUGGUUCCGAAAAACUGUCAACGGAUUCACGGACAGUAAUUUUGUUGCGCUUUCGUACACCUGGGACGCUUCCGAGCAUGAGACGCAGAACCCCAGGAAAGAGGGCCAUAAAAUCGAGACAAGAGAUGGGCAAGAAGCUUGGCGCUCUUCAGUACGGAAUUCGGUGCUUGAACGGAUUACGAAGUACAUGCAAUGUCAUGACGUGCCGCUUCUGUGGAUUGAUCGGCAUAGCAUACCACAGAAGAAAUGCAAGCAAGCAGCGUGUACACACACUGAGUGCCGACAGAAGAGACAUGCUCUUGAUGCAAUGGAUCGUGUUUACUCACUGAGCGAUCACCCUGUCGCGUUACUCGGUCGCCCGAUCCAAGACGAGGAUGAGAUGAGGACGCUGUCUUCGAUACUCAAGGGUGCCCUUGUCAAGUACCACGAGGGCGGAUUCGCACUAUCCAAAGGCGCGGAGUAUAACCAAGCUCAUAAAAUGCUAUGCUUGAUAUACGAAAUCACUCGUGAUAAAUGGUGGACAAGAGCGUGGACGUUCCAGGAGAACUACCGAGCUGGCCUCAAAAUGACGCUUCUCAUCCAUCACAGCGCCGAUUUCGAAGACACAAAACGGUCGAUACUCAGCGGCAAGAAACCCAUGUUUGGCGUAGUACCUCGCGAGCUGAGUGUACAGUCAGCCAGGUUCUCGGAAAGCGCUACCAAAUUUUGUCUUGGUUUUCGCCGACAUCACUUUGUGACGAGUGACGAUGAAGAGAUGAUCGACCAUAUACUGGCGACGGCUGGGAAAUACACCAUACUGCUAUCACCGUCAAGCUCCAUGUCUGGGACAAUUGUUUCCGACGUCCGAAAACGAGGCGUGACAGAGCCUUGGGAUUGCUUAGCAAUCAUCGCCAAUUGCUGUCAAUACGCGACGCGUCUAAACAGUACGCGUCUCCAGGACAGCGGUAUUAGCCUUGAUCUAUCAAUACUGUCUCUUCGUCUUGUAAAUGGUGAGAUACUCAAAAACGAUGAGCCACCUGUAUCAGAACAUGAGCCAAUGGUUGACCAGAUUAACGGUCUCUUCUUUGACGACUUCCGAGCUCCGGAGGGCGCGAGAAGGUUGACAUUCAACAAGAGCUGCCGUUUCGUUGACGUUAAUUUCACGACAACUGGCAUCGUCACAAGAGGUCAUCUUUGGAAGCUCGAUGAUACUCUCCGAGCGCCUCGGUCAUCACCGCGUUUAUCACAGCCAAGUCAGAAAGGCGACCAGCAACUGUCUGACUAUGAGCGCACCCGGCUGAGACAACUUGUCGAACUCGUCAAGGCGAAGAAAGGCCGGAAGGAUGCAGAGAUGGUGGAUGAUAUGAAAGACUUCCUCGAAGAGGAUGCCUUUGUUGUAGAUGAGGACGAGUCUUUCAGUCUACGGUAUCGAAGGCUUAUGGCGAAGCAAGUAGUCAGAGCAAUGGACGCAGAUCAACCUUUAACGCUGGGCUAUCUAUGCGACUCAUCCGCAGACGCUACAACAGCCCGGGCGAUAUUCAUCCGCAGUCGAACUUUCGAUGAACCAGAAGAGCUGUUUAGCCAGCAGGAAGAUGAUCUUACACAUGUCUUUACAUCUCUCUGGUCGGAAGACCAGCCGGAUGAGGAGUAUCUUGCAAACGACCUCGACCAUCACGUGUCUCUUGGGGUUCGGCUAUCAGAUGAUGAACACAACGGAUCAUUGCGCUUGUAUAUCAAGGAGUGGGUUCUUGGUUUGUGUUUCUUCGUCGGUGCUCCAACAUAUGAGGUGGUGUUCCCCUGGCCCCAACCUCUAUCGCGGCAAUGAAUGAGAAUUUAGAUGGCUAGAUGUAAUAGCACUGUAAUAUUAUCGACGAAAAUGUAGAUUUAGGAAAUGGUACGGUUUAUCGGGUUGGAUCACAGGAAAACAUAUUGGUGGCGUUUGUUAAAAUUCAUGGUAUUCACUAAUACAGCC